UAGAACGUGUGCUCAGAGACUGCCUGUCAAUGGGAGGAGGAUGCAGACGGACAGAGCGAGAGAGAAAGCGAAAGAGAGAAAGAGAGAGCGAGAAGGGAGAUUCUACAGCAGUUAAUUAAGGAUCACUCUGUAUGUGCCUGUAAACGCAAAGAGGCAAAUCUAUUCUGUGUCAGUGCCAGGGUCUCCUCGAGGGAAUACAGUGAUAUUUCAAAGGAGGAAAUGGCAAGGCUCUAAAUCUGUUUCAGUCUCUGUGCUCAUUGUUGGUCGUCCUCAGACAAAGUGAAGGAGGGCAAGCCGUGAAGUGUCAGAGGAGUUUGGGAGUCUCGACACCUAAAUCAAGGAUAAAGUUGUGGGGGGAUUCACAUCAGCUUCGGGAUGGAUGGAUUUAAGAUAAUGUGAUAGAAUAAUAAUUAACUCUACCAGGAUUACCAGGAUCUUUACUCAGCAGAUGUGUGCUGUCAUGUCCUGGCUGCUUUGCCUGGUCCUCUGGGUCAGUGGGACAGCCAUCCAGCUCUGCCAGGCCACCUUCUAUGAGACCAUACAGCUACAGCCGCACCAUGUGACACGGCCUGGAAGGACUUCCAUUCACAUGAUUGAAGGAGGAACGUGUGAAGUGAUUGCGGCUCACAGAUGUUGUAAUAAGAACAAGAUUGAGGAGCGGUCCCAGACGGUCAAGUGUUCCUGCCUACCCGGGAAGGUGGCAGGGACCACCAGGAACAGACCCUCCUGUGUUGAUGCAUCCAUAGUGAUUGGUAAGUGGUGGUGCGAGAUGGAGCCCUGCCUGGAGGAUGAAGAGUGCAAGACGCUGCCUGACAACUCAGGCUGGAUGUGUUACGCUGGGAACAAGAUCAAAACCACCGGGUAAGAUAACCUCUCAUUACAAUUUGAAUCAGAGUUAUAUUGGAGGAGGGAUAGGUACAGUCAUGGGAGAUUUGCACCAACAGACCAAUACAGAGUUUUAUAUUGACAGACAAAGGCACAAGGUAUUGACUCAAGAAUAUGAGAAAAUGGUCUCUCUUCUUUUUUAGAACACCCAACAACCUGCAAGCAAAGAAUACCUCUAACUUUAGAUGGGCCAACUGCAAAGAUCAAUCCAAGGACCCAGACAUUCAGCUUACCUUACAGUUAUACGUGUGAACAUCCCUGUAUAGAAAGGUGUGAAUUCUCAAAGAAACUGCUGCUCCAGGGCACUGAGGAAUGAUGCAGCUGAAGCAUAGCAAUGGGGAACCCAGUGAUUUCACAAUGUUGUUUGAUGGAACACUGCAUUUGGAUGUACAGCACAUCUGAACUGUGUCUGAUAUUCGUCUGAGUAUCUACUGCCGCCACUGUCCCAGCUCUUCGCUCUCUGGUAUCAGCAAACUCAGACAGACUCGGCGAAAGAGAGACAUUUCUGGGUUACUUUGAGGAAAACUUGCCGUGGGGCCUCAGGAUUCUGUAUAUACCAUGUUUCAGUAUCUUCAUGUGAACAAGAACAUUGUCUACAGUAUGAUGGUGGUGAGAUGUAAAUGAUUCCAAACUCUGAUCUGUUCUGUUCUUGUCCAUGUGUUCCAGAUUCCAGACCACAGCCAAAGGUCUAGUGUUUCUUAAACAUACAAUAACCUAUAGGUGUAGAUCAUGUGAGGAUGCAACUGUACAUUGGAAUCAUUUGGCCAAUAACAAGACAUGUUUCUUUUAUCAAAACCGUUUUUGUACUUGAAUUCCUUAGGUCAUCUCUGUUGCUUCAUUUUAUAGUUCAUUUAUCCAUCAAACGUUUACCAAAAAACACAGUAGGCCUAUUUUGUUGUUUUUUACUUCUUUAGAUGCCUUAUGUGUGUCAAAUUCUUCAACAACAUAUUAAAAGUCUACCAUUGCUUUGUGCAUAAAUAUUAAAUUAAACUAUGGUGUGUUAUGAAAUUAAAUAUCUAUUUAGCAUUGGCUGCUUGAAGUAUCAACAAAAUCAGCUUAUCAUAAGUGAUGAAAUCUGGAUA